AUGGGCGACCCGAUCCCGACACAACCGAUUCAGUUAUGGACGCAUCCCGCGCCGGAAACUACCCAGAUGUGGUUGUUCAAGGUAAGGGUGGAGAAGAAAUAUGAUGUGAAGUUGGAUGGAUAUCAGGGUUUGUAUGAUUGGUCGAUUGAGAAUGUGCCCGAGUUUUGGAGGGAGGUUGCUUUGUUUACGGGAUUACAUGCUGGGAGGAGGAAAGGGGAGGAGGAUGCAUCGGAUGCGAAGAGGAGGAAGUUGGAUAUUGCGGAGAAUGGGGAAUAUAGUGAGAAGAGGGGGCCGGCGAGUGAAGAGUUGUUCGACGAGGUACUCCUUAAAAAUGCACCAAUGUACCCUCGCCCAGAUUUCUUUCCCAACAUCGAACUCAACUUUGCCGAAAAUCUUCUCUACCCUCUACAUCCUGCUGGAUCUGUCAAGGAUGACGACCUUGCCAUCAUUUCAGUCACCGAGAAUACUACAAACAAGGUGACGUGGAGUCAACUACGGAAACAGGUUGCGGAAUGCCAGAGAGCUUUAAAACACCAAGGAAUACUACCACUUGAUCGUGUAGCUGGAUUUAUUGGCCACAACACAAACGCCGUGGUCGCGGCAUUGGCCACCACCUCGCUCGGAGCUAUCUGGACAGCAGUAUCUCCUGAUACCGGAGUAGGAGCUGUGCUGGAUCGAUUACAACAAAUCGAACCUAAAGUUUUAUUUGCAGAUAAUGCUUCUCUAUAUAACGGCAAGACUCAUACGACAACGGAAAAGGUCAGAGAGAUUGUAGCGGCAUUGCCCAGAUUGGAAGCACUGGUGGUCUUCGAGGCUAUUCCUGGUACCGACAUACAAGCACAAAUCCCUUCUCUGAAACCACCCAAUGGCUCUCCUUACAGUUAUGAUGAAUUUCUUAGUCGUUCCUCUUCAUCAGAAGAACCAAUACAAUUCCCAAAAUUCUCAGCAAGUCACCCGGCCUACAUCCUCUACAGCAGCGGCACAACCGGAAAACCAAAAUGUAUCGUCCACUCCAGCGGUGGCACACUCAUCCAACACAAGAAAGAGCACAUCAUCCACGGCGAUGUCCUCCCUGGUGACCGCCUCUUCUACUUCACAACCACAACCUGGAUGAUGUGGCACUGGCUUAUCUCAGGCCUCUCAGUCGGCGCAACGCUGAUCCUCUACGACGGUUCUCCCUUCAACCCCCAUGGUCCUCUCACCAUGCCCAAACUAAUCGACUCCCUCCGCAUCAAACACUUCGGCACAUCCGCCAAAUACCUUAGCGUCCUCGAACAAAAGAACGUGUUCCCCAAAACCGCCGGCCUCGAUUUAAGUACUCUCAAAACAAUCUAUAGUACCGGCUCCCCUCUCGCCCCCAGCACCUUCACCUACAUCACCACCGCCUUCGGAUCACACGUCCAAACUGCCUCCAUCACCGGCGGCACAGACAUCAUCUCCCUCUUCGGCGCGCCCUGCCCCCUCACCCCCGUCUUCAGCGGCGAGAUCCAGCAGAAAGGACUCGGCAUGGCCAUCCUCGCCUACACGCCCGACGGCCAGACCAUCACGGACGGUACCCCAGGGGAUUUAGUCUGCACGAAACCCUUCCCCAGCCAGCCCGUCACGUUCUACGGUCCAUCCGGGGCGCAGAAAUACAAAGAAUCGUAUUUUGAGACCUUCGAGGGGGCGUGGCAUCAUGGUGAUUUCAUCCGCUUUAAUCCCGUCACGGGGGGGAUGGUGAUGUUAGGUCGUUCUGACGGGAUUUUGAAACCGAGCGGUGUGCGUUUUGGCAGCGCGGAGAUCUACAACGUUCUGCUUAAGUUCUUUGGGGCCGAGGUCGAAGACGCGUUGUGUAUUGGCCGGAGGCGCGAAGGCGAUGAUGAUGAGACCGUGGUGUUGUUUUUGAAGAUGGUGGUUGGUGGAGCGCUGGAUGAGGGGGUGAGAGAGAGGGUGAAGGCGGUAGUAAGGAAGGAGUUGAGCGCGAGACAUGUGCCCGGGGUUGUGGUGGAGUGUGUGGAGAUUCCGGUUACGACGAAUGGGAAGAAGGUUGAGGUCGCCGUGAAACAGAUUCUGUGCGGGAUGAACGUUAAGACUAGUGCGAGUGUGGCGAACGCCGAGUGUUUGGAGUGGUAUAGGGAGUGGGCUGCUAAUAACUAG